AUGACCACAGCUCUUUCAGUUACCUUACUUGUGUUGCUGUUUUCUACAUGUCUCGGUUCGGAACAAGCUUAUCGCCAGGCUCUUGGUUCAAUAAUUUCUGAUCGGGUUUUACUUGGGUGGACCAUCGCAAAGUUUAAAACUAGUGAUUUUUUGUCUUGCGCCCAGAAAUGCUUGGCUCAUUCGCUGUGCAAGUCAUACAAUUACUACAACACAACAGAGAACAAUGGCCUCUGCGAGAUAAACAGCGAAAACCAGGGAGAUGUGGAAGAACAUUUUUCUUAUCAACCCGGGAGCCUGUUCGGACGGCUGAUGGCGAUUAAGGUAAGUGCCUUUGAGGAAGUUUAUUGUAAUAAAAAGGUUUUUUGUGGUGACGUUAAUUACAAAAUAGAAAAUGUUUUGUUCUGAUACUGAAUACAGUGCUCGCUUCUUCCUUGUAGCCAAAAUAUACAUCUUCUCAUUGUAGAGACCUGUUUGUCCCUUUAAUCAAUUUUUUCUUCGCAAUGAUUAAAUUUUGUAACAAGCGAUUGACAGCUUCAAAAACAUUCAAGGAGAGAGCCAAUAUAACAGAACCCGAAAAUCGAACAAGGACACUAGAACAAAACCAUAAAAAAAACGCAAAUUUCAACAGCUAAAACUAAGAACAAAUCUCACUGACAAACAGUACUUUGGUUAGAAGACCGACUCCAGUUUAGCCUGAACCUGGAGCCACAUGCAAACGCCGAGGAGAAGGUGAUUCGAUUCGAGGAGCCGCAAAAUAUGGGUUGGUUCCCUUUUUACUUUAAUCGCAGUUCGGGUUGGUUAUCACUGGAGACUAAAUGACGCGAAAGUAAUUUGGAUUUGAGCCUAACAAAAUUCAUAAACUGAGGUGCGAAUCACGUUAAUAUAUUUAUACUACUACAUGAGAAAUUUCUGCAAUUUGAUUGGCUUAGAGCAGCAGUAUUUCAGCUUAAUUUGAAAUACUUACGUGUGAAAAUUACAAACCUUUAGUGUGUAGUAGUAUAAACAAAUAAUAGCAAGAUUUGUACGUUAUAUUUGGCGUAAAUACCACUCGUGAAAUUUCAAAAUUGUCUCAAAUUUCACUCGCCUAACGGCUCGUGACAUUACGUAUCAUGACUCUUUUGAAAUAUCACUUCAAAUCAUGCUAUUAUCGGCUCAUAAAAAUUUCGGCUGCUCUAAGCCUUUCCGUCCCGUUCCGGACUGUACCAGGCGAGACUGCCAAUUGAAAUACCCAGGUUCUCGAACGGCGAACAUGUCAUUUACCUAAUUUGAGGAGGAAAAUAAGGUCUAGCUCAUUAAAAAGACCGCGCCUUGUUUUCGAUUGUUUUUAAAAUGCCUUGUCAACUUUAAUAAAAAUUAUGUGCUUUUUAUAUAAUGGCAAAAACUGUUUUCCUUUUUAGAACCCAAGGAGCUGUUUGGACUUGUUGGAAAGUGGGUUUUACUCAUCAGGUUUCUAUACCGUCUGGGACAGCCGUAAUCAUAGUUUCAGAGUGUUUUGCGACCUGGCCUCUGAGAACGGCUGGGCAUGGACACUAGUAAUGUCGCAAGCUUACCACAACAAGGACAUUAAAAAGUUAACGAAAGUUCCUUUUUACGUAGAUGGUUCAUUAAACCCGAGUAAUCCAAACUGGAGUGCGUACCGUCUGCACCUACGACAAAUGCAAGAUCUAAAGGCAGUGUCAAGUCACUGGCGAAUAACUUGCAAUUUCCCGGUCAAAGUGUUUGAUCGUCGAGAUUAUGUUAAAGGAAAUUUCUCGAAGUUCAAUAUCUUGAGCUUUGAAGGGCGAUAUUCCUGCAAGCUCAUGGAUUACAUCAAUAUCAAGGGAUACAACUGUUCACAGUGUACUGCAGCUUGGUGGCAAGAUACUGGAUCACUCUUGCACCACGACUUGAGCUUCGGGCCCUGUUCUUUCGGGAAUUUUAAGCCACCGGGAAUUUCUGUAUGGAACGCGGAUUAUUUUGGAUAUUAUGAAAACAGGGACACAUCGUUUUCUUGUUCCUCUAAACACUCGAGCACCACAAAUCAUUGGUUUGGUGGCACGAUUCCUGUAUAG